AUGACUACCUCGGCGAAUAGGAUUGUAUUGAAGAAUGGUGUGCUUCUCAUUCACGGGGAUGACGGCAAGGUGAACCCUCAGCGGUCGGACAUUCUCAUUGAGGGAGACAAGAUUUCAGAAAUCGGCCAAAAUAUCGAAACGGGCGGUGAUGAUGUCAAAGUCCUUGACUGCGAGGGCAAGAUCAUUUCCCCCGGCUUCAUCAGCACGCAUCACCAUGUAUGGCAAACUGCACUCAAGGGUCGCCAUGUCAACCAUACGCUGCUCGAGUAUCUACCACGUGGAAACUUUGGCGGCGCGUUCUACACUGCCGAAGACGCUUUUUGGGGUGAGCUUGGCGGCGCCCUCGAAGCCAUCGACGGUGGCACAACGACGGUUGUGGAUCACUCCAGUCUGAACAUGGGACCAGAAUUCCCACCUACGAUGAUUCAGGCUCUCGUGGCCUCGGGGCUUCGCGCCGUAUACUGCUACUGUGUACCCAGAGCGACUAGCUGGAACCCCUUCUCCACGGAGGACGAUUACACUUCUCCACAUGUCCUCGAGACUUGGAGGUCCAUAGCCACAAGCGGGCCAUACGGAGAUGGUCGAGUCCAGCUCGGGUUUGUGGUGGACAAUAUCUAUCAAUCGCCUGACCAGAUGAAGCAUCUCUACUCAGAGCUUCGCGCUGCACACGCCAAGGUCAUCACGACACAUGCCGCCGCUGGUCUAGCUUUUGGAAACGGUCCUUCUGUUGUUCAAAUACUCCACAGUCAUAACCUUCUAGGCUCAGACGUCCUCCUCUCGCACGCAAACUUCCCCAAAGACGGAGACGCCGAGCUCGUCAAGAAGCACGGCGUUUACAUCUCUACGACGCCCAACACAGAGCUUCAGAUGGGCUGGCCACCAGUCGCCCUCCAGCCCGAUUUUGAAGCACACUCCAGUCUCGGCGUUGAUUGCCACAGCUGUGGUAGUGGCUUUAUGCCCAGUCAGAUGCGCCUCGGCCUUCAGUACGCCCGCACUGAGCGACAUGAGAACCUUCGGAGACUAGGGAAAUGGAGUCGCCACGUCGGACCAUCAGCGGAGCAGGUCUUUAACCUCGCCACGAUCGGCGGUGCCAGGGCGAUUGGCAUGGCGGGCGAGGUCGGCCAGAUCCGCGUUGGCGCCAAGGCAGACUUGGUGGUUUUUAGCACCGACAGCCCUUCCAUGCUCCCUGCUGCUGAAGAGGAUCCUAUCGCGGCGGUGGUUCUUCAUUCGAGCGAGAGAGACGUAGAGGCUGUCAUUGUGGGUGGCGUGAUUAGGAAGGAAAAUGGCAAGUUGCUGCCUGUGUCAGUCACUAGUGAGGUGAAGGGGGCCAUCGACCUGGGACUGGGAGAACAAAACAUCGCCUGGAAGGAUGUUGCCAAGAACCUGGUUGAGAGUCAAAAGAGGUUGAAUGAUAAGGCAGAGGGCAUCGAUAUGAAGGCUGCAGAGGAGACCAUCAUGGACAACUUCUACAUGAACCGGAAGGAUAUGGUUGAGCCGUAUUAA